AGGGGGGAAAAUAACAAAUAAAGCCAGAAACACUCCCGUGGAGUGACAAGGGAUGGAGCGGCGAGGCAGCCGGGCGGGAGAGCAUCCUCCGGCCGCAGGCGGAGCUACCUUGGCAGGGCAGAGUCCGAGCGCCAUGGAGGACCUGCUGGACGUGGAGAACAAGCGGAUGGCCGACAGCCUGGCCACCAAGGUCACCAGGCUGAAGUCGCUGGCUCUGGAUAUUGACAAGGAUGCUGAGGAACAGAACCGCUACCUGGAUGGCAUGGACUCGGAUUUCCUGAGCGUGACCGGGCUGCUGACGGGCAGCGUGAAGCGCUUCUCGGGCAUG